AUGCUAGAGGAGCAGCCCAGCCCGCGGUACAAUGAGCCGCAGCCUGAAGACAUCGACGGCGACCGCCCAACAGAGCGCUGCACGAUUGAGGAGCUGCACAUCGAUAUGGACGACCAACAUGCGCAGAUGCCCAACCUCGGCGUCGACGAGUACCUCCAGAGGCUCGUAUCCGCGAUUGAUCAAACUCGCGGGCCCAACGAGGCUCCAAGCGACUUUUACAACCGCCGGAUCGCCACCCUCGCGACGGCAGAGACUCUUCUGGACGAGUGUCUUGAGAUGGACCGUAAGCGGAAGUUCGUCAACCUGCAUUUGGAUCGACAAGACGAGCCGAGCCAAGAGUCGACCCAAGCGUUGACGCAGGGGUCGAAUGACAGCGGCAGCACGGAGCUACGAGACUUUGAGGACAAAGCCAUUAUGACCCGCAAGAAGAAACUGCUUGACCACCCAGUCAUGCGCGUCGCCGUUCACCUCAAGUGGCAGGUGUUUGGACUGCGCAUGUACUGCGAGCAACUCCUCAUGUACUGGCUCCUCCUCUUCACGAUGGUCCUCUCGCUCUCGAUGGGACUCGGCGUGUCGCCCGAGUCGACGUACAAUGACCUUUUCAUUGGCUGGCUCACAACAUGCUCGUUCCUUAUCAUUGCGGCCUUUGCGACGCGCUUCUUGUCGUGGAAAACAAACUGGACCAUGUUUGGCCGCAUCAACAACACCUUUCUUGGUCUCUCGGUGCUCUACUUUUACGUCUUUGAGAUCCGCGAGCUCGCGGCCGACGAAGAUGGUCCAGACGCCACGAAGGGCUUUCUGCAUGUGCACUCCCACUACUGCGUCGUUGUCCCGGCCCGCUUUGUGAAGAGCGCAAUCGAUCUUUUACGCGGCAAGAGCACGUCGCCGUACCUCGAGUCGUACUGGAACCGCAUCCAGCUCCCGACCUUCGUCUUCGUCCUUAUCUACGUCUUCUGCGAGUUCACGGCACCGUUCUCGGCCAACAUGCGCACGUACGCUGGCAUUCCGGCCGUCUCGCUGCUUUGGGUCAUGGGUCUCCAGUACCUCGAAGUCUUCGGCUCGAUCUCGUACCUCCUCCCGAUGAUGCGGCACAUGAUUUGCGGCUACACGUGCGCGUACUACCUCCUCUUUAAGACCCAAGGCAACGACCCCGUCUUUGCGCCGUACGCGACCGUGCCGCAGUGCUUUGUGACCACUUACCUCGUCACGUUCGCGCAGAUCAAUCUCGAGCCGUUCAAGGCGCUGAGGACGCCGUCCCAGUACAUGCUCGGCUACCUUCUGCUGCUGACGCACGCAACCAUCUCGAUCGUCAUGCUCCUCAACGUGCUCAUUGCGAUGAUGAACAAGACGAUGGGCAACUACUUGGAAGAGGCCAAGCACGAGGCCCGCGUGACCUUUGCCGAGUGCGUGCUCCGAAUGGAGAAGACCAAGACGUUUGAGACGACAGAUGAGGACUUUGAGGCGGUCGUGGAUGAAGAGAAGAUUGGCACGCUACUCGAGCAUACGCGUCAGCACCGCGAAGUGAGCCUCGCUGCCAACCGUUGUGCCACCUGUUGCGUCAACGAAGCACGUGAAGCCCACAAGGAGAGUCUCUUGAGCGCCAUCCACGAGCGCGACAUCAUUCUGCGUGCGAUUUACGGCGGCGGCAAACACGUGCACAACGCGGUGGCCAUGCUCGACGCCAAGAUCACGGCUGUCAGCGGUCGUGACGAUUGGACAAAAAACAAAUAA